CAUUUAGGAGCGGGGCGGGGGACGGCGGAGCCGGGAGGGAGCGCGGCAUGGAGCGGGCGGCGGGGCCCGGGAGCACCUCGCUGGCCGAGGGGUUCAUCAAAUCGCCGCGGCCGCUGAUGAAGAAGCAGGCGGUGAAACGGCACCAUCACAAACACAACCUCAAGCAUCGCUACGAGUUCCUGGAAACGCUGGGGAAGGGAACGUAUGGGAAGGUGAAGAAAGCACGGGAGCGCUCCGGGAAGCUGGUGGCCAUCAAGUCCAUCCGGAAGGACAGAAUCAAAGACGAACAGGACCUUGUCCAUAUCCGGAGGGAGAUAGAGAUCAUGUCGUCCCUCAACCACCCCCACAUCAUCGCUGUCCACGAAGUGUUUGAGAACAGCAGCAAGAUCGUCAUCGUGAUGGAGUACGCCAGCAAAGGGGACCUGUACGACUACAUCAGCGAGCGGCAGCGGCUGUCGGAGCAGGAGGCUCGCCACUUCUUCCGGCAGGUUGUGUCGGCCGUCUACUACUGCCAUAAGAAUGGGAUCGUUCACAGGGACCUGAAGCUGGAGAACAUCCUUCUCGAUGCCAACGGGAACAUCAAGAUUGCAGACUUUGGCCUGUCCAACGUUUACCAGCAGGACAAAUUCCUGCAGACGUACUGCGGUAGUCCCCUCUAUGCAUCACCUGAAAUCAUCAAUGGACGGCCCUACAAAGGCCCAGAGGUGGACAGUUGGUCCCUCGGUGUCCUCCUCUACAUCUUGGUCCAUGGCACGAUGCCCUUCGAUGGCCAUGACUACAAGACCCUGGUUAAGCAGAUCACCAACGGGGACUACCGGGAACCCACGAAGCUGUCAGAUGCCUGUGGGCUGAUCCGCUGGAUGCUGAUGGUGAACCCGGAGCGCCGUGCCACCAUCGAGGACAUCGCCACGCACUGGUGGGUCAACUGGGGCUACCGCGUGCCCGUCGGCGAGCAGGAGCUGCUGCGGGAGAGCAGCGAGUCCCCGCUGGCCACGGUGGCCGAGUGGCUGCGGCGUUCCUCCCGCCCCCUCUUCGAGAACGGCUCCAAGGUGCGGUGCUUCUUCAAGCAGCACAUCCCCGGGGUGGCCCUGGAGCGGCAGCGCUCCCUCAAGAAGUCCAAGAAGGAGAACGACGUCUCCCACGCGCUGCAGGAAGGGGCUGCGGCCCCGGAGAACCCCUCCAAGUCCAUCCUCAAGCGACCCAAGGGCAUCCUGAAGAAGAGGAAUUCCUGCGAGCAGAAGGUGCCCGUCCCUCCGCCAGCAGCUCCUGGGGGAGAGGCGAAGAGUGAGGAUGGGGACGUGACUGCCAUGGGGCUGAGCCCAGUGCUGCCUUCUGCGGUGCUGGGGGGCAGCGAGGGCAGCGGUGUGGUCCCUGUGGCUGCGCCCAAGAAGGGAAUCCUAAAGAAGCCCCCGAAGAGGGAAUCAGGGUAUUACUCAUCCCUGGAGUGCUGCGAGUCCGCGGACGUCCUGGAUGCGGGGAGCUUGGACUUCGAGAGCAGCGUGUUUGCUGACAGCCCCUCCGCCGAGCAGGGCCCCCCCGUCCUCCCCGGCAGCCUGAAGGGCAUCCUCAAGCACAGCAGCAAAUACACCGGCAGCGCUGAGCCCCACAGCCCCCCCAGGCAGAGCUUCGGGUGCUUUGACGAGGUGUCCUUGCCCAAACCCCCCCUCGCCCCCCGCCCUCGUCCAUCCAGCGCUGUGAGCGAGGACAGCAUCCUCUCCACCGAGUCCUUCGAGCAGCUCGACCUCCCCCCACGCGUCCCCCCCGGCAGCAGCGGGGCCAUGCGGGGUUGCGUCUCCGCCGACAGCCUCCUGCGCUUGGAGGAGGAGGAGGAGGUGGAUGAAGGGCGCAGGCUGCGCCGCUGGACCGUGACGCAUUGCCCCAGCGCGCUGAGGGAGAGCCGCUUCUCCCUGGAGAGCUGUGACAAUGUCACCGAGGUGUACCGGCACGCCGUGGCCAUCAGCAUGAAGCUGAGCUGAGGGCUGGCUGUAGGGAUGGGGUCCCUGAGCUUGGGACAGCCCCCCGCUGUGGGGAGAGGGGGCACAAGCCCCCUCCCUGGGGCUCGCUUCUACCUGGGGAGGGGGCUGCCCUGUGUUCCCCCUAUUUAUUUUUGCAGCCUCUGGGAGGAGGUUGGAUGCGCACAGGGAUGAGGUUGUGGGGUGGGGAGGGGGAUGCCCUGAGGGCACAUCUCAGAGGAUGGGGGCAAUAAGAGGACCAAAGCCCUAAGCUGCC